AUCACCUAAUCGAAUCUUAAAGAAUAACAAAGGCCCAGCAACUUAUUUCCAUUCCAUUUUCUGCAUUAUUUAUUCAGGUGACCGCUAUAAAUAAGUUUUUCCUAUCUUAGUAUCUUUUCUAGACCAGAAUCAAUCCAAUCUUCUUGGAGCAGGAACUCAGCUCAGCCGUUCAGGGAAGAAACAACAUUGUACAGAGAAAAACCACAACCACUAGGAAGUCAGGGGGGCUUACUCGGAGAAACCUCGCAAGAGUGGUCAGUGAAGGAGUUGCAAAUCGUAGGCUGGCGGUGCAAGAGCUCGGAUCUAACCCGAUCCGGUCAGAUCUGGUUCGGAACCACCACUAACGAUUAAAGAUGGAAACAAGGAUAGCCUCAAGUGCAGCUGUAAGUGAAGUUCUUAACGUGGACAAUUAUUUGGUUUGGAGCAUUCAAGUGAGAACCUAUUUGAUUGCUCAAGAUCUAUGGGACAUUGUUCAAGCAACCAAAAAACGUCCUAAAUUAAAAAAUGAUAAAGUUGCUUUCAAGGCUUGGAGCAAGAAGAAUGCCAUGGCUUUACACGUGAUCCAAAUUUCAUGCCCGCAACAGAUAUGUCAUGUGAUUAGUCUAAUUACUUUCGCCAAAAUUGCUUGGGAAACUUUGGAAUCAAUAUGCAGCAUCCCCAAAAGUGAUUAUUUUGAGAAGGCGAAAGAAAGUUGUGUGGCUUGGAGCAAUCGGAUGAAAUCAUUUUUAAUGGAACAUGAUCUUUGGAAUAUUGUUGAAACGACCACCGAACCAACUACACCUACUUGGAGCAAGAAGAAUGCUUUGGCCUUAUAUUUGAUCAGGGAAUCCUGCGGGUCGGACAGAUUUUCUUUGAUAGAGAAAAUUAGUAAGGCUAAAGACGCUUGGGAUGAAAUUGCAGACUCAGGGAUGAAGAACUAUGAGAACGGUCGCUUCAAUCAGUAUGUAUCCCUCGAAAAACAUAUCCGUGAAGGUGAAUGGGAAGCUGCUAAUCAAUUCAUUAGCUCCAAUCCGGAGGCAGUGAUUGCAAAAAUUUCAAUUUCUCGAAGUACGGCUCUACACAUUGCUAUCUUUGAAGGACAUCUGAAUAUUGUGGAGGAGUUGGUAAAGAUAAUGUCGGAAGAAGACUUGAAAAUAAAAGAUGCACAAGGUAAUACUGUUCUAGGUUAUUGUUCUAUGGUUGGAAACAUCCAGAUGGCAAAAUGUAUAAUUGGGAAGAGCCGGACCUCACUUAGCAUUGGAAAUGGAAGCGAUGACCUCAUUCCAGUCGUGCUAGCUCUUACGUAUAACCCCAGUGGAACAGAAAUGGCGCGCUAUCUCUAUUCUCAAACUCCUCUAGAAGAUCUAAUGCCAAGAAAUGGCAUCAACGGUGUUAUGUUUAUUACCCGGGCUAUUUAUUCCAAAGCUAUUGAUAUGGCUUUGGAUUUACUCGAACGUCACCCUGAGUUGGCUAUCGCUCCGGAUUACAACGGGUGGUCUCCUGUGGAAGUAUUGGCUGGCAUGUCUUUUGCAUAUCGGAGUGGAAAUCGGCUCGUAUAUUGGAAAGAGUGGAUCUACAACAGUAUAUGCAUUCCAUUGGCUCAUGACACCAACCAAAUUCCUAUAAGCAUCCGAAAAUCAGAGAUGGAAAAAUGUGGUCAAGCAAGAAAUAUCAGAUCAGCUCGAGGAUCUGUUUGGAAUCUCCUUAAAUUCCUAGAAAUCGAUAAAAUAUAUGAAUUGAAGCUUCUUCACCACCAAUCCAAAAUACUUUUACUUCACAUGUGCCGAGUAUUACGAGGUUUGAAUUUUCAACAACUAGAAAAUGGUGGGGUUAUUGAAGCCAUCAUCAAAGCUGUCAAGGAUGGGAGAAUUGAGUUUGUUGCUAAAAUACUGAAAGAAUUUCCUGAACUUGUAUGGUGUGUUGAAAAAUCCACGGGACGAAACAUAUUUAUGCUUGUCGUUCUUUAUCGUCAGGAUGAAGUAUUUCACUUCCUAUGCAGAUCCCCUGAAAAAAACUCAAUAUUGGCUAGAGUAGAUUUUGAUUCAAAUAGCAUAUUACAUUUUGCAGCGAUGUUAGAGCCUUUUGCUAAGCCUAAUAAAGCUCCAGGCGCAGCUUUGCUUAUGCAAAGAGAAGUACAUUGGUUUAAGGAGGUGCAGAGAGUUGUCCAUCCUUCCACAUUAGAACGAACAAACAAAAAUGGUCAAACACCUAGACAAUUGUUUAUUGAGAGCCAUAAAGAGUUGAUGAAAGAAGGAGAAAAAUGGGUGAAGGAAAUAGCAAAUUCUUGUGCAGUGGUAGGUGCUCUAAUUGUUAGCAUUAUGUUUGCAGCAGCAAUUACCGUACCAGGUGGCAACAAACAAGAAUCAGGCUUGCCAAUGUUCUUAAAUGCGAAGGUGUUUAUGCUCUUUAUAAUAUUUGAUGCGCUGUCUCUACUUUCUGCCUCAUAUUCAUUGUUGAUGUUUCUCAACUUGACAUUAUCAAGUUAUGAAGCAGAAGAUUUCCUUCAAUCUUUACCCAAAAAGGUGACGCAAGGCAUUUUCAACCUUAUAUUCUCCAUAGCAACCAUGAUGAUAACCUUUUAUGCUUCCCUUUUUAUUAUUCUAAAAGGAAAAUUAUCAGUGAUCAUUCCUGUCAUUUGCUUUGCUAGUGUUCCAGUCGCACGAUCUGCCUGGAUGCUAUUGCGCCUUCUCGUUGACAUGUUCUAUUUAACUUUUGGAUCAAUCUUAGGCAAGAAAGCAAAGUAUGGGGCGAUGCCAAAAAUGAUUAUUUUUACUUUGCUUUGAAGGAUAACUGAUGAACUUUCCUCUUGUGAUGCAUAUUAUGUGUAUUUUCCAUUUUAGACCUUUUUAUCUUAAAUCAAAUAAACCAGAACUCCAUUAUGUAUUU